CUAAUAAUCACAAAUUUUCUUCUCUCUUGUUCAACUUUUUCUCCCUGGAACCCAUUUCCUCCACUCUUUCUUUCUCCCCCAAUCUCUCUCCCUGCACAAAAAGAGAGAGAAUAAUUUUCUGCAGAGAGAUACUGCUUCAUCCAUAUAUCAUGUGUAUUUUUAGUAAGUGCAAGAUUAUCAACUCUUUUGCUCACUCUUACAGUACUCUAGUGAUAUCAACUGUGUGUAUAUCCUCUGUAUUUAGUGCUCAUAUAUUUUAAUCUUAUCUUCUUUGCUCCACUUAUCUCUCAGCUUCUGCUUUAAAUCUCUCUCCCCCCCUCUCUGUCUCGCGUAUAUAUUGAGAAAUAUAGACUUAUGUACACUUUUAGUUGCUGCCAAGAAGCUGGGCUGUUAAUCAAUGUGCAUAUCUGAUCAAGAAACAAGUAAAGUUUGCAUCUUUCUUAAUUUUUGGAUUGGUUGAUGGCAGUUUUGUUGAUUGUGCAAGAAUUGUGUCUAUUUCUGUACCUAUAUUUGUAGUUGGUUUAUAUAUAAAAGUGGGAUCUAUUAAGAGAUUUUUGAAUUAUUGAGCUCAGGGUUGCUUUGGGUUCAAUGAAACCCUAGAAAUGAUUUUUGGGAUUGGGUAUUUUACGAGUUUGCACAUCGAGCUUGUUUGGUAAUUUUGGUUUGCUAUUAGUUUAGUAUUUAUUUGGAUUGAUGGAAAAACAACAGCAGCAGCAUCAGAUGAACUCGGGGGGCUUGACUCGAUAUCAAUCUGCACCGAGUUCAUAUUUUGCGAAUUUGAUUAAUAGUAAUGGGUAUCCAGGGGAAGAUGAUUGUGAUCAGUUCUUGAACACUAAAGCUUUAAGUCCUGAAACUGAUGGGUUCUUUUCGAGAUUUAUGUCGAGUUGUGGUGAUGAGGAAUCAAAUGCCCCAGCUGUCUUAGCAAGUGAGGGAAAUCAAUCCCAGUUUGUAGCCCCAAUGAAGCAUGAACCUGAUAUAUUUGAUCAGCAGGAGCAGAUGGUGUAUCAUAGCCAGACACAAUCGGAUCAUAAGACAGUUGGGAUGAGCUCAGCUAUGGAGAACCCCUAUAAUGUUGCCAAUUCGGCGGGGAUGGAUCGUGUUUCUCAGGUGAAGAUGGGUGUAAUUGGUGAAAGUAAUUCAAAUCUCAUUCGUCAUAGCAGUUCACCUGCUGGAUUAUUUGCCAACAUAAAUGUCAAUAAAGAUGGCUAUGCUGUAAUGGGUGGUGUGGGCGGUUUUGGGGCUGGCAGUGGUCGUAAUGCAGAAGUAUCAUUUUCCUCUGCAAGCAGAUUUAAAAAUCAAAUUGAUCACCCACAGGGGGUACCUUCUACUUCAGGUAUGAUGCCUCAUGGAUCAGAAAUUGGAGGGAGAACCAUGGGAAUGGGUAGCACUGAAACUAGAAGUUUUGGCCAAAGUCGUAGAAAUGAUGGUGGCAACAUGACUGGUGGUUUCCCAAGUACAUCCUGGGAUGACUCGGCACUCUUAUCUGACAGUUACUUGAAAGAUUUUGCAGAAGAUGAUAAAAAGACAUUUACAAAUUUAAACUCGUCCCAGAAUCAGAGUGGUGAGGGUGGGACCCGAACUCCCCCAACAUUGGCUCAUCACUUGAGUUUGCCAACAAGUUCAGCGGAAUUGUCAGCCAUGGAUAGGUUACUGAACUUUCAGGAUUCUGUACCUCUAAAGAUUAGAGCCAAGAGGGGUUGUGCCACUCAUCCUCGAAGCAUAGCUGAAAGGGUUAGAAGGACCAAGAUUAGUGAGAGAAUGAGGAAGCUACAGGAACUUGUCCCAAAUAUGGACAAGCAAACAAAUACAGCAGACAUGUUGGAUCUGGCUGUUGAUCACAUUAAAGACCUUCAGAAGCAAGUCAAGACCCUUUCAGAAAUUCGUUCCAAGUGUACCUGCUCAAACAAUAAGAAGUUAUAAGGCUUAGGUGUAAAGCUUUUGUAAAUUGCUUUUUUUUUUUCUAAAUUCUUCAUAUUAAUGUUUAGGGGGGAAUUUCACCCCAUUGGUGUUAGUGGAACCUAAUAGUUCUCCAUGACAAGAAUGUAUUUAGUUAUCUUCAGGAUCAGAAAAUUUGUAUCAUGUUGCAACAGAUAGGUAAGGUCGCGAAUUCUUGUUAGCGGUUUAGUUAUGUUUUCUUUUGAAAUGUGCACUAAAGAACACCGCACUACACACUCCACACCACACAACUCGCAAAUGUAAAUUAUGUAAAACGUUUUCCCUGACGUGGAAGUUUAAGUUGGUGGAA